CAGGAACACGGAUUGAAGCGUACGAUUUUUUGUCCUCGGACAAUUUGUAUGGUGUGGCUGUUAGUGCUUUUGUGGUGCCACAAUGGGUCUCGAUUUUGAGGUGCAGGACUACAUCAAAACCCUCAACAAGAACUCACCCCCGUUUAAAUGUCCAAAGUGCGAUAAAAAAUACAAAUCAGUGAUCGGGCUGCAGUACCAUUUGAACAAUUACGACCAUGACCAUCCGUCGCCGGUGGUUGCUGGUGCGACAGCAACACCUACGUCUGCCGCAGCUGAAACUCCCCCGGUGAAAUCUCCGUCUAAAAGUAAGAGCCGAAACAAUGCUGAUACUCCUGCCGCCAGCAGCGGCAAAUUGGAUGCAGCAGUCGAAACGCCAGUGCGUGCACCAAAAAACAACAACAACAGUAAGAGAAGCCAGAAGAAGAAAGUUGGAGUUACUCCAAAAAAUAAAAACAAAGCCCAAUCGGCGGUGUCUAGGGAAUCGCUGACCUACGUCGAAGCGGAGAAUUUGGUGAAGAUUGAGUUCGGUGGGAAGAGUAUAAAUUUAUCGGUGGAAGAUGAGUUUGCCCUAAUUAGCAUGGAAGAGCACAAGCAGCGGAUGAACGAUCCGGAUCUUGAACUGCUGGCGGUUCCACCGCCAAUGGAACCGGAAGUGAAGUUGCCGGAAGGAAUUUUCAAAGAAAUUGAUGACUACACAAUUUGUGAUGCACCGGUUAGACCGAAUGCCUAUAUCCGGUUUAUUGAGAAAAGUUCGGAGGAACUAGACGGUGAGGUGGAGUACGAUGUUGACGAGGAAGACACCACCUGGUUGGCCAUUAUGAACGAGCGCCGUGCAGCUCAAAACCUGUGCCCGGUAGCGGUUGAUUCGCUGGAAUUAUUGAUGGAUCGACUGGAGAAAGAAUCCUACUUCCAGGCAGCGGCUACCGGUCAAAACGGGGCCAUUGUGGAUGACGAUGCUGUCUGCUGUAUUUGUAUGGAUGGCGAAUGUCAGAAUACGAACGUGAUUUUGUUCUGCGAUAUGUGUAAUUUGGCGGUUCACCAGGAUUGUUACGGUGUUCCGUAUAUUCCGGAGGGGCAGUGGCUCUGCCGGAGGUGUCUUCAAAGUCCCAGCCGUUCGGUGGAUUGUGUGCUGUGUCCUAAUACAGGUGGAGCUUUUAAGCAAACGGAUAAUGGCCAGUGGGCGCAUGUCGUUUGUGCUUUAUGGAUUCCGGAAGUUCGAUUCGCUAACACAGUAUUCCUGGAGCCUAUCGAUUCGAUAGAAAUGAUUCCGCCAGCACGCUGGCGGUUAGUCUGCUAUAUCUGCAAGCAGAAAGGAAUGGGAGCGUGUAUUCAAUGUAAUCGGAAUUCUUGCUAUGCUGCUUUUCACGUAACUUGCGCCCAGCAGGCUGGACUGUGCAUGCGCAUGGACCAAGUUCGUGGCAACGACACACAUCCGGUCGUGGUGCAGAAGACAGCCUACUGUGAUGCUCACACGCCGGUCAAUGCAUUUUCCUCUCCGGGAGAAUCUGGUGGGGAACUUGACGCAAGGGAAGUUUGCCGAGAAAAAAUGAAGAAAGCUCGUAAAAUGUUAGCCAUCAAGCGAACCACCGCUCCGGUCAUCCUCAUCCCGACGAUCCCACCGAAUCGAAUUGAAGAAAUUUCCUCGCUUGUCAACAUCGCCAAAAAGCCGCAAUUUAUUCAACGUUUGAUAGCCUACUGGACGCUGAAACGCCAGCACCGUAAUGGAGUUCCGUUGCUGCGGCGGCUUCAGAGCGCCGGACAAACGCAGGGUGGCCCUGGAGGUCGUGAUAAAACUGACGGCUCACCUGAUGCUCGUGAGCUCUAUCAACAACUUAAGUAUUGGCAGUGUUUACGACAAGACUUGGAACGUGCACGGCUUCUAUGCGAGCUGGUUCGCAAACGGGAGAAGCUUAAACUGGUAUUGAUUAAAACCAACGAACAGUGUACUAUGGCACAGCUCAACCCAAUCGAGUCGGUGUUGCAUCGUAUCCUCGAUCAAUUGGAAGCAAAGGAUAUUCAGGAAAUUUUCAGAGAACCGGUCGACACGGAUGAGGUUGCGGACUAUUUGACCGUAGUCAAACAUCCAAUGGAUUUGGGAACCAUGCGUACGAAGUUAAAAACUGGUUUUUACACUAGCAUUGAAGAUCUGGAGUCAGAGUUUGCUCUAAUGAUUCAAAACUGCUUGACGUAUAACAAUAAAGACACUAUAUUCUAUCGUGCUGGAGUUAAGAUGAGAGAUGCCGGAACAAUCAUAUUCCGCACGAUCCGCAAGGAACUGGAACGGGCUGGCAUACUGGAGAAACAUCAUCCUCCACCGCCAGUCGUCUCACCGGCAGCCGCAGAGGAUUCGCUGCUGAACGACAUCGAAGCAGAGCUGGGUCUCCUGGUGAAGGAACCACCCACUCAGGCGCUGAUCGAUAAACUGCAGCAGCAGGUCACGAAAGCCGGUGGCAUAAAGCACGGACUGACGCGCUCCAAAAAGGUCAAGUACAUCCGAAACGAAAUUGCGAAAAUCAAACGAGCCAUCGCCAAGGAACCACCGGAGAAACCAAGUGCUCCCGUAGAAAAAUCUCCGAUGGACGUCGUCGCUAAAAAGGCAGAACCAGCAGCUACGACGAAGUCGCCGAAGCUGCAAACUCCACCGACCAGUCCGUUGAAAAUUCUGAACAACAGUCCGUCACCGUCGGGAGUUAAUCGGCGAACGGCAGUCCUAUUCACGCGCAAAGCGCAGGCAGCACUGAAGAAGCCGGAAACGCCCUCGAAGGAGGAGGCAGCCAUCGCCGAGACAACCGAGCUGUUGCAAAAAACCGCCAAGAAAGCGACCCGCGGCAAGCGUGGCAGCUCGGCAAAAUCCAAAGCUGGCUCGGGCGGGCCAUCAAUCGGUGGCGGUGGUAGUGGAGGAGGAGGAGGAUCGGGAGAGUCCGGAUUUCUCAGUUUGCCGGGACCUUCCCGAAGCAGCAAGUCGUCCGAUUCGGCGGACAAGAAAACGUUCGAAGCCAUCCCGGACAGUUUCCGGGUGUAUCGGGGAGGACAGGAUCGGGAAAUAUCAGAUUCGGAUGAUAGUAAUCUCAGCUUCACAGGAAGUACGUGCAGCAGUUGCAGUGGAUUCAGUGGCAGUGGAACCGAGUCGGAAUUUGGUAGUUCCAGCAUGGAUGAUGAUCAGUCGUUCUGCGAUUCGGAGAUGUCCACCAGUGAAACGGAAGCCUUUCCGGAGAAGCCGUUGCUAGAACCACUGAAGUUGGUUUGGGCUAAGUGUCGUGGCUAUCCGUGGUAUCCAGCGCUGAUCAUCGAUCCGGAAAUUCCGAACGGAUUCGUUCAUAAUGGCGUGCCAUUGCCAGCUCCGCCGGCGGACGUUCUCGCUCUUAAAGCAAACUACGACGAACCGGUAUUCCUAGUGCUAUUUUUCGAUGUCAAGCGAACUUGGCAGUGGCUACCGGCCAACAAGUUGGAACUUUUGGGUGUCAACAAAGAACUAGAUCAAAAUAAAUUGAUAGAAUCGAGAAAACCAACGGAGCGAAAGGCCGUCAACAAGGCGUACCAGGAGGCGCUGCACUAUCACAGUCAGGUCUCCAGUGCGGAUGGUCCGGCCGGAAAACUGUGAAGAUCGCUACGACCGGCCGGUCGUAUGCUGUUGAUAGGAUAGUAUGCUAGAGGCCGUUAUUUGUUUUGUUUGUAGCUUACAACACUUACUACGGAAAGUGACAAAAUUGUUGGAUCAAAAGAAAGUUAGUUAUGCUGACGCUACGAGCGCCGUGUUCUGUUUUACGACGAUGACCGAUGCAAACCUGCUUAUGUAUGUUUUACUUAUUUUCAUUAAGAAUAGGGGAGCGCAUAGUUUUAGAUCCUGUAUACCUGCUACAGUGUAUUAUUUAUCAAGUAGAUUUCGUGUUAUGUGCUAUGUAUUAUUCGAUACAAAUAAAGUU